GCCCUCAUGUUUGCUUGCUUUUUUGAAUUCAGUGAGUGUGUUGAACGGAGGCACCUAUCAAAAGAGCGUAUACAAUGGGCUUAACAUUCAAAGAAAACCUAUUUUCGUAACUUAGUCGUUUUAUUUUGCACUUUAGACAAACUUUGCGCGUCGUUGAGCGGACAGCGGUGUUUAUGUGCGCGCGCUUCAGUUUUAAUCAAUAGUUCGGCUAACAUAAACCCAGACUGCUCGGCUGGUUCAGCAGCCAGUCAGUGUUUCAUUUAUUCUUCAAAACCUUUCCAACCCAUAUCCGGACUUAUCCCAUCUUCCUACGCCUCCAGCUUUUGAUAUUCUGGACAGGACUGGGUCGCCACCCCUUGUCACAGAGCCAUGGCUGACAGCAGCAUAGUUACUUUAGGGCCGGGCCUGGUAGACUCCUCUGUAUACGACUCCCGCAUGGCCGAGACCUCAAAGGAGCAAUUUUUCAUGGGUCUACACGCAGACGAGUCAGAGGAUGUAUUGCCUAAAGUUGAGACCAGAGUGGUGUUGGUGGGAAAGGCUGGCAGUAUCGCAGAACUUGAGAAAGCUCUUCAGGCCAUCACAAUAAUGGAAGUCCCGGUGGUAAAGAUUAAAGAAGGGCAGCCGGGCACAGAGGCGCGUGAGAAAUUGAUAAAAUCCAUAGUCAAUAUGGAUAUAAACACCCCCUAUAUCAGGACUGACAAUGUCAGAGAUUUUGGUGACGGCGAAAACUGCGAGUUUGAGACGGUGUUUGUGUUAAAAGACUUCCAGGCUCCCGAAUACAGCUUCCUGUACAAGAAUGACAACCGUAUCCUGGGGCCUCCUGCCGUGAUGCACUGCGCCAGCAAGGGAGAGCCUCUGCCGUUCUCCUCCAGGCCUCUUUAUUCUAUGACCAUGCUCAACUUGUCUCUCUGCUUCACCGGAUUCCGUAAAAAAGAUGAAGUGGUUACCCUGGUAAAUCUCGUCCAUCACAUGGGUGGCACCAUCCGAAAAGACUUCGACAGCGCUAAAGUCACACACCUCAUAGCCCGCUCAACACAUGGUGAAAAAUACAGGUUGGCAGUGUGCAUGGGCACACCCAUCCUCACCCCUGAGUGGAUACACAAGGCAUGGGAGCACAGAGAUGACAUUAAUUUCCAUGCAAGCAACGAGGAGUUCCGCACCGAGUUUAAAGUCCCUCCAUUCCAGGAUUGCGUGCUAAGCUUUCUGGGCUUCUCUGAAGAGGAGAGAACCAACAUGGAGGAGAGGACACAGAAACACGGUGGACGGUUCCAGGCGGUGGGUGAUGAAAGGUGCACCCACUUGGUAGUUGAGGAGAAUAUCAUUAAAGAACUGCCCUUUACUCCCUCCAAAAGACUCUAUGUAGUGAAGCAGGAGUGGUUUUGGGGCAGUAUACAAAUGGACGCCCGUGCUGGGGAAACCAUGUACUCGUAUGAAAAGCCUGAGAGUCCUGCGAUGAAGAAGGCUGUGUCUAUGCUGUCUCUCACGACACCCAACAGUGGCCGGAAACGUCGCCGUCUUAGAGAAACAUUGGCUCAGCUCACCAAGGAGACAGAGAUUUCUCCCUUCCCACCACGCAAAAGACCCUCGGCUGAACACUCCCUGUCCAUGGGCUCGCUGCUGGACAUCUCUAACACACCUGACACCUGCAAAUCCAGCGGAGAGAAUGGCAAACUUCCCAAAAGCUCGACUCCCGCCCUCCCUAAGCAGUCAGCGCGCUGGCAGGUCUCCAAGGAGCUCUACCAAACCGAAAGCAACUACGUUGAUAUCCUGGCCACGGUCCUGCAGCUCUUCAAAUACCCCCUAGAGAAAGAAGGGCAGGUGGGCGGCCCAAUUCUAGCUCAGGAAGAGAUCAAGACCAUCUUUGGCAGUAUUCCAGACAUCUAUGAAGUGCACACGAGAAUAAAGGCGGAUCUCGAAGAGUUGGUGAUGAACUGGUCUGAAGAGAGGAGCGUAGGAGACAUUAUCCUGAAAUAUUCUAGAGAGCUGGUGAAGGCCUACCCACCGUUUGUCAACUUCUUUGAGAUGAGCAAAGAGACUAUAGUCAAAUGCGAGAGACAGAAGCCAAGGUUUCAUGCUUUCCUGAAGAUUAAUCAGGCUAAACCUGAGUGUGGCCGUCAGACUCUCGUUGAGCUUUUGAUUCGUCCCGUGCAGAGACUUCCAAGCGUUGCUCUUCUGUUAAACGACAUAAAGAAACACACAUCAGAUGACAACCCUGAUAAAGUCACCCUGGAAAAGGCCAUUGAGUCUUUAAAGGAAGUGAUGACCCACAUAAAUGAAGAUAAAAGGAAAACUGAGGGACAGAAGCAGAUUUUUGAUGUUGUUUAUGAGGUGGACGGCUGCCCUGCCAAUCUGUUGUCGUCACACCGGAGUCUGGUUCACAGGGUUGAAACCAUUGCUCUGGGAGACAAGCCCUGCGAUCGGGGAGAACAUGUCACACUCUUCCUGUUUAAUGACUGUUUGGAGAUCGCCAGGAAGAGACACAAGGUGAUAACCACGUUCCGGAGUCCACUGGGUCAGACGCGGCCGCCCGCCCAGCUCAAACACAUAGCCUUAAUGCCUCUGUCCCAGAUCAGAAGAGUCCUCGACAUUCAAGACACAGAAGAGUGUCAGAAUGCCUUUGCCCUGGUGGUGCGUCCUCCUACAGAACAGGAGAACCUGUUGUUCAGUUUCCAGCUGACGGCCGAAGACACACUCAAAUCUGCCUGGCUCAAAACUCUCUGUCGUCAAGUGGCCAACACGAUUUGCCGAGCUGAUGCGGAAGAUCUCAUUCAGAGCACCGAUCCUGACUCCGUCCAAGUGAGCACAAAGGACAUGGACAGCACGCUCAGCCGAGCGUCCAGGGCCAUCAAAAAAACGUCAAGGAAGGUCACGAGAGCAUUUUCUUUCACUAAAACCCCCAAGCGUGUUCUCCAGAGGGCCUUUUUAGCCAAUGGUACCCCAGAUGAAAAGAGUCCUGGCCCAGAUGCCGAUCACAUGGGCAGAAUGUCUAGCAGUUCCACGCUAUCUAUGUCUCGUUCUGCCUCUACGUUCAGUCUGACGGGCUCUAUUAAAAGCGCAGUGGUUCAGCGGUCAAACUCUCUGGACUAUGCACCGCGGCCCAGGGUCCCGGUGUGUGUCCGCACUCCGUGCAGUCCAGAGAGGGCCGAUGAACCUGCGGCUCCCGAAAGCCGGCUCAGACCAUCCAUCCUGUCCCUCCCAGCGGCCCAGCCCGUAGCUCCGUGCCGAGAGCUGCUGGCGCCCCCAGAGCCGCAGCGCAGGUUCCCUGGGUCCCCGCGGCGGGAGACCCUCCUGUAGGACUCUUAAAUGCUGUUCAUUCCCCAUCCAUGAUCAACCUGUCUUCUGCCUUUGAGAGGAAAUAUCAUACCUUCAGCCGAUCCACAACUCACCUGUUCUGAACUUUGCAUCCAGUGUAGUAAUUACUUUUCAUACGACGGUACCACGUCCGCCCUAUGCCUUCAGCCCAAGCCCCCCCAACUGGGUUUAUUUUACAGGUCCGGAACCCACCAAAUGAAGAACGGCUUGUGUUGAUGUCUGGGCACAUUAAAGAGACAUAACUGACAUGCUCUGAUUUUUAUUAGAUAGGUAGAGUUUUCACACAAUUAUUAACCACUGAAAGUAUUUCUUAAUGUUUUAUAUAUAGAUAGAUAGGCCCUAAUCUAAACUAAUCUAGUUUUCAGCUUUUAUAAAGCUAUACACAUCUAGCUUUUGCAUUUAAGUGUAAAUGCACUGAGCUGCCAAAGUAAGGUCUGGUCUAAACGCGGCCUUACAUUUUUGCGUACUUUUAGAAGUGAUUUUUAUUGUUGAUUUAAGGGUAUUGGUUUCUACGAGUCAAAAGAGUUGUUGCAGUAUACCUGACAUAUUUAUUCUCCAGAAUCACUUCUAUAUGUAAAUCUUUCCUUCUGUCUAUAUUUAUGUGUAAAUAUUGUAUUUUUCCACUUUGUGAUUUUCAUACUAAUAAUAGUUUGUCUUCUUGCUUGUAUCUUUUGUAGUCACUGCACUUAUGUCAAAUGUAUUCAUGUUUUACGUUCGUCUGUAAAAGGGAUUCUUAUAAUGUCUUUGCCUACUGCAGAUUUGUUUGGAGUGGGUGGUUUUAUGUUAUUGGUUUGACUACUUUUGAAGGUGACUUCAUUUAUUCUUGAUCAAUAAAAGAAGCAUAAAGCC